UUAAAUAGGAUGCAUGGAGCAUAACUAAAAAAAUUUGAUAAAUUGGACUUUAUCAUUAUUGAGAAAUGUUCUUCCAAAGACCCUGUGAUGGAAAUGGAAAUGUAAGCCAUAGAGGACAAAGUAUCUAUAAGAUGGUGUUAUUUCCUCAGCACUGCUGCCUCCUGAAACGGCAGUGGAGCACAGAUGUGAUUUAAUUCAUUCAUAUGGCCUUCCUUUCUGUGACACUGGGCACUUCCCAGGCUCUCUGCCCUCUCAUUCAUUUGUUAUGCCAUUGUUCACUAUCACAAUUCUCAUGUUUUGCCAUGAUGGAGGCCUGGAGAAAAGACUAAGGUAGGUGUUAGGAGGUUGCAAACCCAAACAUUUAGGUUUCCUUCCUGGGGUGAAGGCUGGGGGACAGAAAGGGCAAGGGCAGUAAUGAGCAGUCUGGAGAGAGGUACAGGCAAUUCAAGAAGCCACCAGAAGCCUGAGGUAGCCACAGGGACUCUCAGCAAUGACAAUAACAUGCAUGAACUUUCUGCCAGCUAGUACUAAGAGUUUUACAGGCAUUGUUUCACAGUGGUGGGUCGCUGGAGGAAGCAGGGACAACUUGCAGGCACCCAGUGGAAUUUCAUCUAGGCUGUCCCCUCCCUGCUCCUGGAAUGGAUGACUCCUGAAGUGGUAGAUUUUGCUCUUCCUGUGUCUCUGACUUGCUGAGUAUUUUGGCUUCCAUUUUAGAUUUGUCUAAGCAUGCAUGCCUUUUCUUGGCUUUUACUGCUUUGGGUUGUUGGAUCCUGUUUGGAAAUUUAUUUUGUUUGAAACUUCAGCUUCUGAUUGAUUUCCUGGUAGCAGGCUUUAUACUUCCUGCCCUUUGAACCUGGUAUCCCUUCUCCCCACCUCCUGUCUGCCUUCACAAAUCUUCCAGCUCCCAGUCUGUGACAAUCUCUGGGUGAUUACUAAUCUUGAGUAUCCCUAGGUGCACAAUCCACAAUUUGGGGAUCAGCAACUGACAACCAUGAGUCCUGAGGAUUUCCCUUGGUCUAGUGUUUCAGAUACCCCUGGAGGCCCAGAUGUGGACUCACACUGGAUACAGGUUGAAAAGGCCAGGUCUCCUAUGCAAGGGAGCUGUAGAGCUUUUAAGGACUGACACAGUUUUGAGGGCAUCUUUAUUGGUGAGCAAAAUUCCACUGUGUGGAUGAUCUUGAUGCUGGGAUUGUUGGCAGAGCCAGCUGAGGACUUAGGGGUGAGCAUAGCCCAAAACAUUUGGUGACUGGUCCAGAAGGAAAAACUGCAGCAAAGGCUCAUGGUCCACUCUUUCCCCAGGUGUCCCAUUAGAAUUAGGGACAGGCACUAACUCAGUUCCCAGGAAGAGUUCCAGAGCCUGGGCUUUAUACAUUCUAAAUGGGUCACACAACAGCAGAACCAUAAGGGGUGUUGCCUUUAGCAUUGGCUCACAAGAUGGUCUGGCUGCAAUUCAUAGGUCAUGGACAACCAGAGGCAGAGGGUCCCUUCUAGUUCACUUUCGUUUAGAAUAAGAGCCUUUCAGAAUAAGCAUGCAGGGGUUGGAGGGACUGGCAUCAGAGCCUUCAACUCCUCCAAUUUUGAUAAGAGUAGCCAUUUAAACCAGAGUCUGUCUAGAUGCUCAGAACUUGGCCUGUGCUCAGUGGGCUCAUGGGGAGAAUGCCAGCUACUUCCAUGACCUAAUGAGCUGCCAGAAGCAGCACAGGGAUGUGUGAAAGACAUCUGUGGGUUGCUUCAGAGGAGUGGCUGUUUGUGAGAGAAUGGAGCCAAACCUGUUCACAGUAUCUAUCACCAGAACGACUUUCCACCUCAUGCAGCCCUCUGAAAAGAAUCUGGAAGAUUUGAAAACCAAUGAUUAUAAAAAAAUAGACUUGUGAGCUCGAUGCAUAAGACAGGUGAGCUCUCGCUGCACUUUUAAGAGGUUGACCUGCUCCAGCCAGUCUUCUAUCUUAGCACAGUUAAGCUGAAAGGAAGUGGAGUUUCAAGGGUCCAUAGAGCUGCAGCUGCUGAAGCUCCCCCAGUGAUUUUAGAGAUCAUGGCUCUGAGGUGUGGAACAGUUAAUAAAGGAUUUACCGAUGUUCCAUAGUUAGUGGAAGAGCUGAAACUUAAGCCUCAGUUUCCUGACAAUAAAUCCUGCUCUUGCCUCCAAAAUUCUUUCAUUCAGAUAAUGGGCUUUGACUGCCUCCAAAACCCGUAUGAAGCAGAACGGUUAUGCCCCAAGAGGGAAGUGAAGCAUGAAGUUAUUUUCAAUGAGGAUGAACUUUGGGCUGUAAAGUUCAGAGAGUUGGACUGCAGUGCUUUGAGUUCACUGCUUACUCUGCCAUGGUCAGCCACUGUUGUAAAUCUUCCCCCGGGAACACGUGACGAUGCACUUUCCUCACUAUAUAUCCCAAGCACCCCAGCACAGCUGUCAGAGUGGGAGCCGGACACAGACGAGCAGAGCUCUCUAACUCGAGAGAGGAAUUCAGGACUGGGGACAAAUCAUCAGCCUUUGACCCUGCUGUUCCAGCAGCCUUCAGGGCUGAAGAUGGAGCCACUCAACAGCACCCACCCCAGCACGGCAGCCUCCAGCAGGCCCCUCCAGUCCCACGUGCCCAGCAGUGGCAGUGGCAGUGGCAAUGAGUAUUUCUAUGUCCUGGUUGUCAUGUCCUUCUACGGCAUUUUCUUGAUUGGAAUCAUGCUGGGCUACAUGAAAUCCAAGAGGAGGGAGAAGAAGUCCAGCCUCCUGCUGCUGUACAAAGAUGAGGACAGGCUCUGGGGGGAGGCCAUGAAGCCACUGCCGGUGGUAUCCAGCUUGAGGUCGGUGCAGGUGCCCAUGAUGCUGAACAUGCUGCAGGAUAGUGUGGGGCCUGCGCUGUCCUGCACGCUCUGCUCCAUGGAGGGAGACAGUGUGAGCUCUGAGUCCUCCUCCCCGGAUGUGCACCUCACCAUCCAGGAGGAGGGGGCGGACGACGAGCUGGAGGAGACUUCAGAGACGCCUCUCAAUGAAAGCAGCGAGGGGUCCUCGGAGAACAUUCACCAGAAUUCCUAGCCCCCCCCCACCCGGACCCCUCAAGGUGACUCCGUCAGCCAGCGCCCUCAGAGAGAGGAAAGACAUUUUUCAAGUGUCUGUUUCACUUUUUUUUCAGUGCAGCUGUCACUUUGAAAAGACUCCACCGCAAGCCCCCAAAAUGGGGUAGGGUGGGGGACAGGGCUCACCCAGAGUCCUCAAGGUCCCUGCCCGAGGUUUGGACCGGCCCCUGAAAAAGCCCUGAAGAUGUGCAUGUGCCAUUUACUUUGGGGCCUGAGUGUGGGGUUCCUGUCCAGAAUAUGGCAGACUGAUGUGUUUGCCAUUUUCUCACUGGAUGCCCUGGGUAAUUUCUGCACCAUCGUUUCUGUCCUAGGGCCACCAAAUGCCUAGGGCAGGCUGAGGGACUAGUUUUGAUUUGCUAAUUGCCUAGAGCUUUGUUCUUGUAGAUCUGAUUGGCUGUAAGUAUCUCUACUGUGCACCUGUGAUGUUAGAUCACAGAGGGUUACAAGCUUCUUUUGGAAGUCUUAGAUCAGAGGGAGAAAGCUUGAAGGAGUAUUUUUUUGAUGGGAGAAAGCUAGAAAUCUAGACCUAGCCUAUUUGUCCAAUGUAAGCCGGGGGGGGGGGAUAAAAGCAACUUUUAAACUUGUUAACAUUAGCUGGGGGUAUAAGAGAUGAACUGGUAUUGUGACUUGUGGUUGUCCAGCAUGCUGGCAUGACUUUCUUGUGGUCAGAGAGCUUCCCUAGAGUCUAUACUCUGAAUGGCCAUGCAGAGGGCUCUUCCGGAUCUUUCCAUAAGGGGUGAGAAUGGUGGGUUAAACAAGUCCGUGCCAUUCCCUCUGCUCUUGCUCAUUUUCCCAGCCUAGUUUUUUGAGCCGGGAGAAGCCUACUACGGGGCCUCAGAAUGUGGUAAUUUGUCAUGUAGCUUAGUCCUAGAAGGGCACAUUCAAGCUGGGCCCAAGUUCUGUGCUUACCGAUCCAGAGCCCUGACGCUCAUUUGCUGUGUGGUCCUGGGCAUGUCGUCAAGAGGUUUAUUGGCUUCAUGGGGCUCUGGAGGAUGUGUAACCCCAGGGGGCUGGGAGGAUGUCUUUCGAUUUUAGAGUCUGUGAUAAAUCCUCCAUGGCCUGGUGUGCAGAAGCUUGGACCAAAUAUUUCCCCUUUGGCUGGUUAGUCUGUAAAAAGGACCUGUUGAUUUAAAGGAGCAGUUGGAGACUCUGAAUACAUGUGACUAGGGAAUUCAGGGCUAAUCACAAACCAUCCCCACUGUAGUUUUCCCUGGGUUGAACCAAAGAGGCAGAUACUGUACCACAUUUUGGUCUGCAAAGUUCUCUGCGUGGUUAGCUGUUAACACUCCCAGGCAAGGAAAAGAGAAAUCUAAAAGGAAAUCUCACAACUGCUUGCCAAUGUCUGCAUGUACAGUAUUCUUGUGAUCAGCAGCUUUAUAGUACAAACUUUUAGCCCUUGAAGAUAAGGCAUAGCAAAAUGUCAAAUUUAGUUGUAGGAAAAAAAAGCCUUUUUGUUAUUAUUUUUUGAACAUACUCUCCCUGGAUUGGAGACAGCAGUGAGUAUAGUUCCCAUGGAAGGGUUAACAGUGUCGGAACUGGUUUAUCAGUUUGCUUUGACAUACAGCCAGAGGAAAUUUAUGUUUGGGGGAACAGGGUUAAAAUUCACUUUAAAAUUCAGAGUAUAGAUUUACUCCAAAGGGGGCUGUUUAAAUUGAAAGAAGCCAAGUUAAGUUUGGCCUCUUGCCUGGAAUCACUUGAAUUCUGAAACUUUACUGCGACGGACAUGUGCGGUGUCACAUUUUCCAUUGCUUAAUCCUGAAGUUUGGUGCAAGUCUAUCUGCGCCUGUUAAAAAGUGAUGUAUAUAUUUCUUUCUUAUUCUAUUGAGUUGUAUAGAAUUGUCUUUUGUAUUUAAUGCUUUGUAAUUUUCACAAUAUUUUUAAUUUAAAUAAACAAACAAACACA